CUCAUUUUGUCAAGCUUAAUUUUUUUGGUGGAAAAUGGAAUUUAUGUGCUCACUUCGUAAUCGCUUAGUUUCUGGUUUUCAGAAAUGUGUUGGACUAAUUUAUCAUUUUUAAUAGAAAAGCGAGACGGUAUAUUAGUGCAGUGAUUAAUCGUGAGGUAGUUUUUAAGGGUUGUGUGAUUAAUGUAGUGUGAUUGAUGUGUUGAGUUUUGAGGCACGCAAGAUGGACGGUACAGAAUCGUCUAAGGGCAUGUCACAAACAGGAAGCACUAUAGCAACUGACAAAAAUUCAGAAAUUGAUGGCUCGUCGGCGUGUACGGUGUUCGUGAGCGAGUCGUGCCUGGAGUGCGAGCGCGUGCGAGCUGCCUGCGAGCGCCUCGGGCCAGUCGCCGCAGUCAGGGGGCCGGAGGACCUGCCCCAGACUCAACCCUCGCCGGCCCCGCCCUCCUACUUAGUCACCACACCCUUCGACGGCGAGCUGUUCGAUGCAGCACACAAAGCGAAAUAUAGGGUGCUGGGCCCGACGGCGGUGCUGCAGCUGUCGGCGCGCGAGGAGCCGCCGCCCGCCAACGCGCGCCCGCUGUACUCGCUCGCCAUGCGCGGCGCCGUCAUAUGUUUCUCCGGAUUCCGGAAAAAGGAUGAGCUGACGUACCUGAUAACCCUCAUACACUACAUGGGCGGGUCAAUCCGCAAAGACAUGUCGAGCAAGGUGACGCACCUGAUCGCGGCGGCGGCGACGGGCGACAAGUACCGGUACGCGUCGGGCUUCGGCCUGCCCGUGCUGCAGCGCUCGUGGGUAGACUGCUGUUGGGAGCGCCGCGACGACCCCGCCUGCAUCGCCACAGAUGCCGCCUUCAUUAAAGAGCACAAGCUGAAGGUGUUCGCGGGGGCGCGAGUAUGUUUCGUCGGGUUCGCGGAGGACGAGACGCAGCACAUGGCCGAGGUGCUGAGCGGCAACGGCGGCGCCGCCUGCACGCUCGACGACCCCGACUGCACGCACGUCGUAAUGGCCAAUGGGGAGACUUUCGGUCGUUCGCUUAUCCUAUCGCCCCACCCGAACUCCUCCAACAGCUCGCUAAAGCCCCCCCGAACCUCCCCCAACCGCUCGCAGAGCACCCCCAAAGCGUCCCUGUACCGUCGCCUGUCCGCCCGCCUGUCGGGCCGCCGCGCUAGCCCCGCCGCCGCGCACGCGCCCGACCAACGAGACGAGAGUCUCUUGCGCUCCAGAAACAGUAUUAGAAGUAGCCUAAGCCCAAAAAAACCACCCGCUCAGCCUGAUAUCAGUAUUACUAGUGUAGGAGACCAGUGUUCCGGCGACCGCGGGCGGAGUCAUCCCGAAACGGGAAAGCCCCGGUCGACCGACAAAGAAAACAAAUACGCGUCACAGAUUAUUCACGACACCGGGAGAGUUAAUGCCAAAGAGAAGCGUGAGGUGUUUAGAAAUAAGUCGAUUAACGUUUUUAAUUUAGUCGAUUGCCUGACGGAGUCGGGAUCCCUGCACUCGUCGCUCACCAAAAGCUUAUGCGACUUGGAUACGAAAAAUGAUGCCAGUUUUCUAGCUACUCUGUCAAAGGAAAACAAGGAUUUCCAACAGUCGACUACUACGAUUUCGUCGGGAAAGAAAAGGAGCAGAAAUUCAACCGACUCCAAUUUUCAAGUCGGUCUAGUCGACGGCAACAACGUGUCCCCCGACAAGUCCGAGGACAGCAAUUGGAAAUCUAUAAAGAGAUUAAAAAUUAAGGAUUCGUUUAAGUUCAAAAAUAGGCCGACGAUUUUUAAAAAAACGAAAAAGGAGUCCGUCUCUAAAACGUCGGGAGACAUCUCCGUCGAGCCGGUGAGCCCCGAUGAAGUCAAACCGACCGACCCCGCCGGGGAAUUCGUCGCCUCCACCUCCUCGCCCAUCAGGGAGGACGACAACACCUCAAUUUCCUCCAUGAACAUGAGCAAACAGUCAGGAUUUUUUGAUAUCUCCUUUUCCUCGAUAAGAAGCUCUAAAACGUCAAAAUCCGCAUCCAAGCUCAGGCGGAGCGUAAAAUCGUUUACCGCCUCGUUUAGAAGCGAAAGAAAGAAAAAAUACGAAAAACGGGCCGAACGCAACACGGUAGACGUCGACCCGCGCCAUCUCCCGCCCGACCUCACCAACGUCUCGACGCCGAAGAGGGACGUCGAUGGAAUGAAUCUGGACAUAUCUCCGGUCCAAGUAGACACCGUGGACAGCACGGAAAUGAGAACUCCCAUCAAAAACGACACCGACGUCGACGAGCUGGACGACUCAACCGUGUUUAAAACUCCUCAAUACGUGUGGCUGCGCGCGCACCGCUACUCGAUAAGCGGCAGCGGCGACUUGCGAGCGAGCGCGUUCCCGUGUCUCCCCGCCCCCCGCCCCGUCCCUCUCCCGUCACCCGCGUCGCGCGACGCACCGCCAGCCUUCGUCGCGCCCGCCUCCGUCUCGACGACCCCCACCCGAGACGCUCGCGCCAUUUUGCAAUGCCAUGGACUAUCGCUGCCGGUGGUCGACGAACACAAUACGAUCAUAGCGCCGGACUGUGCGCCCUCCGUUCACGUUGUAAAAGCAGAAUGGUUUUGGGCGUCCAUACAAAAUGAGGAAGCACAAGAUGAAAGGGAAUAUCUUUUUAAAGAUUACCUGGAAGAGAUAUCGCGGCGGUCGUCGGUGGGCGGCGCGGGCGGGGCGGCAACAGCGACGGUACCUGAAGAGAGUGCGUGCACGCCCUCGCAGCUACAGCGACUGCGCAAACGCAAGCUGCGCGGCGGCGACGCGGCGCUGCACAAGCGGCGCUCGUCCGUCGGUGACGCCGUGCUGCUGUCCAUCUCCGGCAACUUGCUCGACUGCACGCCCUCGCCCGAUGGCAAGCAGUUGCUAGAAGAAUCAGAGGUACCUGACAAUGUAGUGAGGAAGUUGAUGUCUCCCCGUCAACAAGUGUUUAUGGAACUGCUUCAAACCGAGUCAAACUAUGUUGGUAUAUUACAAACGAUAGUCAAUAUGUUCAAACAACCGUUAGAGGUAAUGGUGGAAGAAGACAGUACAAAUGGAAAAAAUCAAGCCUUGCUCAACAAUACAGAACUCAAAAUUAUAUUUGGAAAUUUACCGCCUAUAUACGAAUUGCACCAACGUAUGCUGGAGGAGCUGCACUACGCGCAGGCGCACUGGAGCGAGGAGGUGGGGAUCGGGCGGUUGGUGCUCAAGUACACGCCCGACAUGGUCAAGGCCUACCCGCCCUUUGUCAACUUCUUCGAGAACACCAAGGAAAUGCUGCAACAGUGCGACCGUGAGAACCCAAGAUUUCAUGCAUUCCUAAAAGUCUGUCAAACUAGACCAGAAUGUGGAAGACAGAGCUUACAGGAAUUAUUAAUAAGACCAGUGCAGCGACUACCCAGUAUAAGUUUACUAUUGGAAGAUAUUCUAAAGCACACGCACAAGAGCAACCCCGACCAUGCGGCGCUGGUGUCGGCGCUGGCGGGGCUGCGCGAGGUCAUGUCGCACAUCAACGAGGACAAGCGCAAGACCGAGGGCCAGCUGCAGAUGUUCGACAUAUACAACGACAUCGACCAGUGCCCGGCACACCUCGUGUCAUCGCAUCGUUCCUUCGUGUCGAGGUGUGAGGUGGUGGAACUGUCCAAAGAGUUGUCCGGCCGAGGAGAUCAUCUCGUGCUUUUUCUCUUCACCGACACAAUGGAAGUUUGCAAGAAGAGGUCGAAAGCGUUUAACAGUAAGAGUCCAACAAACGGUACGGGCACGAUGCGUAUAGGGUCAAGUAAACCCUACAGACACAUAUCCCUGAUGCCGCUCAGCACAGUCAAGAGAGUAGUCGACAUUAGAGAGGCGGAAGACUGUCACAACGUGUUCGCGCUGAUGUGUCGGAGCAACUCGGAGCUGAAGGAGAAGCUGUAUUCGUUCAUGAUCACGGACGACGCAGUCGACAAACCGCACUUCCUGCGACAGCUAUGUCGACAGAUGGCCAACACUGUUUGCAAAGCAGAUGCGGACAAAUUCUUGGCGUGUCUGGAGUCCCACCAGCUUGACAUCGACACAAGCGACCUGGCGCUCAGUACCCUGUCCAAGGUAUCCAAGUUUGCCGCUCGCACCAGAAUUAAGCUGGAGGCGCUGGCCGGGCUGGGCGGCUGGCUGCGGCCCGAGCCGGGGGCCGGCCUGCUAGACUCAUGGGUAUUGCGCGCUCACUUACUCGCACAGGUGGGACGCGCGCUGUCCUUCAACAAGACGCCGUCGAAGCUGAAGCGCGCGAUGUCCUCGAUGAUAUCGCCGUUCGGGUCGACGUCCAACCUCACGCCCGCCUCGCAGCUCGCGCAGAUGCGCCUCGCCAGCUGUAACAACAUUAACGAGAUGGGCAACAGCGGCACGGGAUCGGGGGAAGGAGGGUCGGUGCUGGUGGCGCCACUGUCGGUGCAGCCCACGCGCAAGGCGCCCUCGCUGCGCCGUUUCUGACCCGCGCCCGCCCGCACGCACGCGCAUACGCACGCACGUACGCCACUACGUAAACUUCUCGCCCUCGUGUUCUCUGUUUAGUGCCGAGUUGUAAGCCGUCAUGUAGGGCAGAUUCGCCUGGUUAUUUAUACCUAUUCCUAAGGGAUAAUCGCUUACUUCAAUAAUCGGGUAAAUUAAACCUACAAAACGAUGCAGUCAUUCUCGAGAAAGUAACGCACAAAUGUUGGCGUUGGAUAUAUUUUUACACUAAAAGACGUCGUUAAGAAUAUGCCAUUUGCAAUGUUAUGCAAUCGUAUAAGCUGUCAUCAUUGACUCUUUUGUAUAAGCCACAUAAUAGAUCAAGUUUUUAAUUUUACACUUUGUUUACCAUCUUUAUUGAUUGUAUAGAACGAAACAUAAUUUAUAAAAUAUUAUCGCAUUCAUGUCAUUAUAUUUAAAUAAAACUUGUCCAGGUUAAGCAUUAUUAUCGAUUCCAAAAUGAGAGAUAUUUGCACAAUUAUUUAAAAUGUGGCUCCACUUUUUGAAACUAUGUAUGUAAAUAAAACAUUUUAACGAGUAGAUAAAACUUAACGCAAUAAAUGUGUAUUUGCAUGUUACAAUCGAUGUUAGAAAAGUAAGAACGUAUUAUGUGAUGUAUUAAUCACUUCGCGAUAUUUUAUAAUAUUGUCUGUUUAGUGGCUUAGUGAAUAGAGUGAAGGAAUUAUUUAAAUUAUUAUAACAAAAUCGACAAUAUCUUAGAUAUGUCUUAUUAUCCGAAUUCGCUGUUAGCGAGAUGGACGCUUGCAAGUUGUGGUAACCGUAGUUUUGGGUUAGUGAACCAGUGCUUUAAGGGCGUUUAAUGUCAAUAAGAAUGAAAUUCAGUUGGCAGAGCUGGGAGUUGAGAAGUGCCUUUGGAUUGGAAUCGAUUUAAAUCGGUUCGGAAUAGUCGUAUAUUAUAGUAUUAUUUUAAAUUGGAAAAUGAAUGAUAUUAAGGUGUUUUCUAAUUUUGCAGCAUUCGCCUGUAAUGUAUAUUUUCAUUUUGUGCAUGACCUUCGUCAAUUACGGUACCGAGAGGUCUACUCUUAAUAUUAUCUGUUACUAAAUUGACUCGGUAAAGCUUCACUCUGUUUUAAAUAAAACUGACUCUGCUAAGUGUCAGUUAUGACGCUUGCAAUCCCCCUAGAUCGCCAUUUCGGCAAUCUAGCCGAGUCAAUUUGCAGUUGAGAUUCACAGUGCGCGUAAGGAUCUAUAUAGAACUGCAAACCAAACAGUUCACACGACUGCACGCUAACUGCAACUGAGCUGCAAUCCGACUGCACGUUUGGUUUGCAGUUCUAUUGCAGUCGUCAACUGCAUUCAAACUGCACUUGAACUGCAAUUUGCGGUUGGAUUGCAGUUGAAAUUUCGGUCCGUCUGUAUAGACCCUAAGUACCACAUAACACAGCGAUUCGCGAAUGCUUGCGAAAUUAGAAGACACCUUUAAGUGAAGGUUGUGUAAGAUUUUAGAAGAGAUUAAAGUGAAAUUGCAUACAUCGAAUAUUAGCGAUACACCAAAUGACAUCUAAUUAACAUAAUUACUACUAUUUUAUCCUCGAACGGUUCAACGAACUAAGUAUUAAGGUAUCUCCACUAAUCGAGCAGCUCGAUGCGGUUCGUUCUGGGAUCUGUGUAAUAUCACGAAUAAAUAUUUAAUGGGUAUUCAAUUACAUAAAUUCUGUCGCUUAGAAAUAUUGAUAUUAUCGAAUAGUUUUCUGAUUAAUAUGUACAUAUUGUGAUAUUUUAAUUUAAUGGUGUAAUAGACAUCGUAGGUUAGAUAAAUGAUGUUAUACCGUGUCUGUCUGCUACCGGGCGUUGCCGGAGCUCGAUGUCGCCGCCGGUCGCUAGUCGUGCGACAGGCUGCGGACAGACUGCUGUACAUAGCGCGUGCGCCGCUCCUGAUGUUGUGAGCGUCAUUUAUGACAUUUUGGAGCUCAAAUCCCGCAAGGUAUCAUAUUAUGUACGCAUCAAUACAUUGUACAAAGGUUAUAUUUAUAAAUAUUUUUAAAUGAUUGAAAGAAUAAAUAAAACAUUUAUUUUCUGUC